CUCUACUUUUAGUACCCAUCAUAACCAUAACUCCUAAUUUUCUUUCUUAACCAAACACCAAAAAAUAAUUCUUUCUCAGGAAAUAAUAAUCUUUACCUGUUUAUUUCGAAGCUCUUGUUUUUCUUGUUGUCGGUGCAACACAAAAUGAGGAGGGUUAGUUGGCCUAGUAUUUUGAUCAUGGUGAUCGUGGCGUUGUUGGUGGUAGAACACGUGGUGGUUCCAGCCGCGGCGGGGAGAGUAUUAACGGAGAAGUUGGGAGACGGAAGCGCGACUAUGAUGAGGGUGGAGAAGAUGACGUCGACGGUGGAUUUUUGGUUUCAGCGUUUGGCUUCGGGUCCGAGUCCAAGGGGUCGCGGCCAUUAAAUUACUCAAGCUCCCUUUAUUACGAGUGAAGGCGAUUUAAUUUUUGUUUUAUAUGCAUACCAAAACAAACGGUCAAUAACUGUAUUCCAUUCAUUUAUUUCUUUAUUUGUUUGUUUUCUGUUAAGCAAAUUGAUAUAUU